CAUAGUAAUUGUUGAUUUCUUAAUGUACGUGAUUAUUGCUAAGGACGGAGAGAGUAGUACAUUGAAUUCUUGCUUCAAUAAAAAAGGCCAAACUGUUAUUCAAAGCAACUGAUCAUUCAUUGAAGUAGGAUACAGACAUAUCAAUAGAGAAGUUAAAAAUAUACACCAUCUUCCAACCACAUCAUUUGUUGCUUUCUAUCUAUACAUCUUAGCUACACCUCUUCAUUUGCUCCUUUCAUCAUGCAUUGCCAGUUUACAAGAUAGUGAAAAGGAUGGGGAAAACAGGUUGGUGGAUAAAGAGUUUCUUGAUAGGGAAAAAAGAUAAAGAGAAAGACAAAUUAGAAGGAGCAAAGAACACAAGUAGCAAUCAUCAAAAUUCUAUAACUAGCAAUGAGCAUCCAACAACUCCAAUUUCAGUCCCUUCAACAACUCCUAAAGAUAAGAAGAGGUGGAGUUUCAGGAGGUCAUCAUCUACACAACCAGGUCAGAUGGAUUUGAGUGGCACCGACGUCGUCGCCACCACCCCACCACCAACAAAACUGGAAUUUAUUGAUUCGGACAAUGACCAUAAAAAGCAUGCCUUGGCUGUGGCUGCUGCCACGGCCGCAGCUGCUGAUGCAGCUGUGGCCGCUGCCAAGGCAGCAGCAGCAGCGAUCCAACUCACUGCUGCUGCUACCAGAGCUUCUGUCCUCGAAGAGGAUGCAGCUGUCAAGAUUCAAGCAGUUUUCCGCGGUUAUUUGGCAAGAAAAGCCUUGAAUGCACUAAAAGGACUAGUGAAGUUGCAGGCCUUGGUAAGAGGACAUUUAGUGAGAAAACAGGCUGCUGCUACUCUGAGAUGUAUGCAAGCAUUAGUAACUGUUCAAGCUCGGGCUCGAGCCCAAAGAAUAAGAAUGUCUGAAGAUGAAAAUCCCUAUAAUCCAAGGCAAUCUGUUCACAGAAAAUCUACACAGGACAACAAAUUCAGACACUCAUAUCAAGAUUAUGAAGAGGACAUCAAGAUUGUGGAAAUGGAUUUAGGUGAAUCAAAGGGUAGCACAAAGAGUAGAAAUAGCUAUUCAAAUCAAGGCCAAACAGAGAGAACAGAACACAGAUUUUCAACACACAAGGCAUAUACAAAUCAAGAAUAUCAACACAUCUCUCCAGCACCAUCAGCCAUAACAGAUCAAAGUCCAAGAGCCUGCAGUGGCCACUUCCAAGACUACUCGUACCCCACAGCUCAAAGCAGCCCGCAAUACUGCAACGCGUAUUCAAAACCCGAUCCAUCUAGAAUCCCAUUCUCAUAUGCUCGUUCAGAGUAUGCAGAACCUGAAUCCCUUUACAAUGAGUACCCGUUUUAUCCAAGUUACAUGGCGAAUACUAAGUCCUCGAUGGCUAAAGCACGAUCCCACAGUGCACCAAAACAACGUCCUGAGUCAUUCGAGAGACAACCAAGUAGACGAAGGCCAUCAAUAGAAGGGCGAAACGUUCCAAGGGCUGUGAGAAUGCAGAGAUCAUCUUCCCAUGUUGGAUCCACAGCACAGAGUUAUCAGUAUCCUUGGUCCAUCAAGCUUGAUAAAUCAAACAUUUCAAUCAAAGAUAGUGAAUGUGGAUCAAAUUGCAGUGUCCUUACUACUCACACUAAUUACUGCAGAUCACUUGUUGGCUUCGAUGUUCAAGAACAUAGGUACUAAUUGCUUAUCACAUAAUGGAUCAGCAGAGCCAAUCUUCAGCAAGAAAAAGGAAAAAUUGGAGAAAGUAAAUUAACAAAAGGAGCUCUUAAGUGCAAAACAUGUCAAGUAAUUUUGACAAAUUUUCUAUUUCUAGUAUUAAAGCUUUUUACGUGUAAAGUUCAAUUUCUUUGUUUAGUUAUCUACUUUUAAAUUUUAUGUUUAGUUGUUUUGCUUCUAUGUGUUUAAUUGUGUUUUUUUAACUGUAAUGCAUGAAGUUGUUCAUACUCAUUACUUAUUUUUUUUAUGGGUGUGGUGAAGAUUUGACUAGUAAUAUAUUUUAUUCCUUUGAUGAAGGUGUUAUUUCGCUAUUGAAA